CUCCCCCCGUCACCUCCACCUCUCUCUCCCCACCACCUCCACCUCCCUCUCUCCACACCACCGGCGGCUCUGCCUGCCGGCUCGCUAUAAAGGGGCCCGCCCGCAUGCCCCACACUUUCCGCUUGCUGCUCGCCGCCGGGCCGACGUGGUUCUUUGCGGCGGUAGCAGCCGAGGCGAGAACGCACCGAGGGUAGCGGUAGUAGUGGUGGUGGUGGUGUUGCUGCUGGUGGUGGUGGUGGUGCUGCUGGUGGUGGUUUGGUGGUGCUGGUGCUGGUGUUGCUGCUGGUGGUGGUGGUGCUGGUGGUGGUGCUGCUGGUGGUGGUGGUGGUGCUGGUGCUGGUGUUGCUGGUGGUGGUGCUGCUGGUGGUGGUUUGGUGGUGCUGCUGGUGGUGGUGCUGGUUGGGUUGGUGGUGGUGCUGGUGGGUUGCUGCUGGUGGUGGUGGGCUGCUGCUGGUGGUGGUGCUACUGCUGCUGGUGGUGGUAGUUCAAAGUUGCCAGCUUUGACGUUCCCAGAGGCCCCCGUCUGGCCAUGCCAGCCCCGGUCCAGCGGCCCGCAGUGACCCCUCAAGUGGCGGCGACGACGACGAUGAUGAUGGUGACGAUGAUGAUGGUGACGAUGAUGACGAUGAUGAAAGAAGAAGCUCUCUGCUAGCCCGCUCAGCACCUCCGUUGGGGGAGGUGGUGGUGGUGGAGGAAGGGGGCUUUACCCUCCUAAUUAGCUGAAGCGUUAAUUGUGAGCUUGGUCAGAGAGGUGGGGGGGGAGGUCGUUAAUUGAUUGGUGACGAGGAAGCGGCCGAGAUGCGAACGCUGCGGCUGAGGAACCGUUCCAUGGUGGCGCUGCUUUUCCUCUUCUCGCUGUCGUCUUCCUUCCUCUACUUCAUCUACGUCUCGCCGGGCCUCGCCAACCAGUACCUGUUCAUGGUGCAAGCCAGCAGCAUUAUGAUCCGGAACAACAUGCGGACUAUCGGGGCCCAGGUGUACGAGCAGAUCCGGCACGGCAUGCGCAAGAACGGCACGGGCAACGGCACCGACUACUUGGACGGCUACAACGCGAGCGACUACAUGAUGCCAACCGGCACCUACCUCCCGGAGAACUUCACCUACCUGCCACACAUGACCUGCCCCUCGCGCCUGCCCUCCAUGAAGGGCCCCAUGGGGAACAUGAGCGAGACGACGACGAUGGACGAUGUGCUGCGCUCGAUCGACUCGCCCUGGGAGCUCAAGCCGGGUGGACACUGGAAGCCCAGCGACUGCCAGCCCCUCUGGAGGGUCGCCAUCCUCAUACCGUUCCGCAAUCGGCACGAGCACCUGCCCAUCCUGCUGCGCCACCUCGUUCCCAUGCUGCAGCACCAGCGCCUCGAGUUCGCCUUCUACCUCAUCGAGCAGGCGGGCGACAUGCCGUUCAACCGCGCGAUGCUCUUCAAUGUGGGCUUCGUGGAGGCGCUGCGCGACGCGCCCUGGGACUGCUUCGUCUUCCACGACGUCGACCACAUCCCAGAGAGCGACCGCAACUACUACGGCUGCAGCGACAUGCCGCGCCACUUCGCCCACCUGCUCGACAAGUACAUGUACAUCCUGCCCUACGACGAGUUCUUUGGCGGGGUGAGCGGGCUCACCACGGAGCAGUUCAAGAAAAUCAACGGCUUCCCCAACGCGUUCUGGGGGUGGGGAGGGGAGGACGACGACCUGUGGAACCGGGUGAUGUUUGCAGGGUACAACGUGACGCGGCCGCCCGGGGCGAUGGGGCGUUACAAGUCGAUCCCCCACCACCACCGAGGGGAGGUGCAGUUCCUGGGCAGGUACUUGCUGCUGCGCCACUCACGGGAGCGGAACGCGGUGGACGGCAUCAGCAACCUGCGCUACCGGGCCCAGCGCGCCCGCACGCCGCUCUACACCAACAUCACCGUCAGCCUCUCCCCCGAGCUCGCGCCGCUGCCCGCCAACUACUGACACGCGGCCCUGCGGGGUAGCAGCAGCGGGAGGAGGAGGAGGAGGGGGGGGGGCAGCAGUGGCAGGAGGAGGAGGAGGAGGGAGGGCAGCAGGAGGUGGGUGGGGGAGCGAUGAGGAGAGAGACGGCGAGAAAGGGGAGUAGGAGGCCGUCUUCCCUCGCACACCGCCCACCCCUGGCGCUUGGAGCUGACCGGAUUUGUGACGGUGACGGAGGAGGAGGUCAAGGAAGAGGAGAGAGAGAGACGUGGCGACUGAGAUGAAGCGAGCGUCAGUCUCGCCGAUGUGCGGUCAUUAUUUAUGAUGCGUUUCUGAAGUGGGCGGCGGUUGUUGUGGUGGUUGUGGUGUUUUUAUCGAAGAUUUUCUUUUUUAUGGAAUCAACGAUGGACCGAGGUGGAGAUGUCGGGAGGAAGACGGCAAGUCUGGGUGGGGGUGGGGUGGGUGAGGGGUGAGGAACAAAACACAAAACCACAAUGAACUCCCGCGGCCCGGCCGUGCAUCGGCCGGGCCGCGUCGUGCGCGCGAGAAGAAAUUAAACAAAACUCUAGCCGGCACCGACCGACUGACGAUCCGUGACGAUCGUCCAAAAAAUGGCGAGGGUGGGCGAAGG